AUGGUGUUUCUUAAAUGGAGUCGAAAGCGGUAUCAGGAACUUCCAGCUCGUUCAGAUUCAUCCUCCGACGAGGAGCGUCAGCCUCUUGAUAGCAAGAACUCUGGUGAAUUUCGACCACCAUGUUACUGCUCAGAGGGCCAGAACAACUCCUUGACUGGUCGACUUUCCACAUUUACUAUCGUGACGGCUAACGUGCUGCUGUUCAUCUCUGCCGUUACCUUGGGAUUCACGAAUAGAACGGACAGGUACAUCGAGAAAGAAAGUAGUUCAUACUCCCCGGUGUACGACCAUAUUCACAUUUAUAAAUCUGAAGUGCGACAUAACUUCAGCAACUACUGGGAUGACAAUAACCCAUCAGUUUUUCAAAAAUACCCCUCUCCUGAGGUCGAUAAAGCGUGGGACAGAAUUACUGAUCUACAAUCAAUUCCCUUGACUGCUGACCAAGUCCGCCAACUUGGCAAGGAUCCUGCGACUGUGUGGCCUGCGCCAAAGGAUGAGUUUGGAGAGGGCGUAUACUAUGGACUGAUUGAUAUAUUCCAUCAAACUCACUGCCUCAAUAUGCUCCGGAAAUCUGCUUUUCCCGAGUACUAUGGAGAUGUUAAGAAAAAACAUAAGCAUGAUCCGUUAAAGUAUAAUGAGCAUUUACUUCAUUGCACAUAUACUUUAUUGUUCAACAUAAUGUGUCACGCCGAUGUGGAAGUCAUGGUAGGGCACAAGUUCAAGGGGUGGCCUGGCAUGCAAAUGGAUUUUGCAUCAACCAAGAAGUGCCGCAACUUUCAGGAGAUCUUGGAGUGGAAGGAGGGUUUUCAAAUCGUUCAAAGCGCUCCAUGGUCUGAGUAUCCUGAUCAGCAGAUUGUCGAGAUGGACCCAGAAGGAAUUUUAACUCCUUACGGUGUUCAUCUUGGUUUGGAAGAUUUCGCAGAUAGCGAAGAUGUAGAAUUGAGCAUCCCCUCAGAUUUGGCUUGGCAGCCGAAAGAGAGUCACCACAAACAUGAGAGCCAUAUACAAGAAGGCGACUAGGUGUAUCGUGGGCGAAUAAAUAUUUUCCAGCAUUUUAGAUAGCUUAGUUGUCUGUCGUGGUGACGCCGGCACUGAAGGGUCUACGGAUCCUGUUGCGGAGCGCGGUUCCUACAGUACAAACUUCCACUUCAGAGCUGUGAAUAGAUAAUGUCUACUUUUUCCUAGAUAACAUACGCAUAGGUAGUGAAAAAACUAGGCAUACCUCUUGC